UCCAGUUGGAUGUUGCAGUGAGUUGAGCUCAGACGCUCCGUCCAUCGGAGGAGCUGCUCCCAGAACAGCCCGAGGACGGAGGUCCACGAAGACUUUCACACCACAGUCCAAAACCGCCCGAGCCACGGUCCACCCUCUGCUGGAGUCCCCCCCGUGUCUGAUCAUCUGCCCCAGAUUUGCAUGAUGGCCCAGGGUAGGUUUUGAAACGGUGCUGCAGGUGGAGGUUGAUUUGCCUAUAAUACCCAGAGACGAGACGAGGAUCGAGAGGAAAAACAACUCCGUGCUGUGGACGUCUGCGCCGACCGAAGCUCUGAGUCCAUCUGGGUUUUUGAAGAUCUGUGUGAGGAAGAACCGAGAUGAAAAUAAAGGAGAUGUUAAAUCUGGCCCAUGUGCCGUCCAUCCUGAUGCUGGGGGCUGUUUAUGUGGCCUACGUCCUAAUCGGUGGGGUGGUUUUCUGGAGGUUGGAAGGUGAUCUGGUGAAUCAGAAGAUCAGUCGUGUACUGCAGAGAAAAAACAACCUGUUAAUGGAGUACACCUGUCUGGACCAGGAGGGACUGGAGGUGGUGGCUCAGGUCGUCCAUGACGCCUCGAAGGUCGGUCUGAGUCUGAAAGGUAACUACACCUCGAACGGCUUCUGGAAGUUUACCAGCUCGGCUGUGUUCGCUGCCACUGUGGUCACAACCAUAGGUUACGGCAACAUGAGUCCCAGCUCCAUGGCCGGACAGAUUUUCUGCGUGUUCUUCGCUCUGUUUGGGAUCCCGCUCAACCUGGUGGUGCUCAACAGAGUGGGGAAGUACAUGCUCGUCAUAGAGAGGAACGUCUGUGAGUUCCUGGUGGAGAAGACUGGAAGAAAGAAGUGCACCCGCUUCUUUGUCCACCUGGUGUCGUACCUGUGCGGCGCGGUCCUCUUCUUCAUCGUACCCAUGCUGGUGUUUCAAAUGCAGGAAGGCUGGAUAUACUCCCAGGCGCUCUACUUCUGCUUCAUCACCCUCAGCACCGUCGGCUUCGGAGACUUUGUGGCAGACAGCGACCCUGACAAGUACUACCCAGAUUGGUACAGCGUCCUCAUUGCCUCGUGGAUUUUCUUUGGACUGGCCUGGCUGGCACUGGUCAUCAACCACACCAUGGACGUCCUGGAGAAGCUCAACGCUGACGUCAAACUGAGGUGGGGCGGUCAGCGGCAGGAGGACGAGUCGUCCGUCGUCACGGAGCGCGAGGUUCCCAACACGCAGCAGGAGGAGGAGGGAGAGGAGACGAAGUAGUAAUCUACGGAGUAACUGAGUAAUUUUUUUUUGUGUGAGUCUGUGGCAGUGGGUCCAGUCUCGUCUCAGACCCCACC